AUGGCGAUCCGCCGUUCCGCGCGCAUUCGCCGCGCCCAAGAGUCUCCCGAGGUUGAAGAAAGUACUCCCCAGCCUGAGCCAGUCAUGCCUUCCAAACUUGCCUCUGUUGCCGAAGGCGACGAAUCUUCCAACUCCGAUAUGCCUCACGUCCAAACCCCUCUGUCCAAAACAUCUUCGCACAAAACCCCAAACGCGUCAGCUAAGCGCCGAUCUACCAAUGCCAUCACACCUACUAGCCUGACUGCGCUGCGUCCAUCUCAGGCAGAAAUGCAUCCCAGCAAAGCGCACCAAAGCACAGCCAAAAAGGUGGACUCCGGCCUCAUCCUUGGAUUCAAUCCUAUUAGAAAAGAUGCGGAUGGCAAUGUGGUCAAGGAUGGUAUCAGCGACAACACUCCAACAAAAUCCAAGCCGUCACCCGCAACCAGUGGUUUUGGAACUCCAGGAUUCGAAUUCAAGUUCCAGUCCCAGGAGACUGAUCUCAGCGACCAGGCGAAAUUACUCAUGGAAAGUGUCCGCGGCGAUGUUGCUCGAAUCAAAGCUCAAUUGCUUGAGAAGUCCAAGCAAGACGAUGAAGACGGAGCUGGACAAGCUCCUGGCGACCGCAAGUUUGCUCAGCCGAAGGGCAAGGCUGGGCGAUUCAGCGACAUCCACAUGGCCGAAUUCAAAAAGAUGGACUCGAUUGCCGGACACGCCUCGUCCUACCGUGCUACUCCCGGACGCUUCCAGCCCGUGACAAAGUCCCUGAAGCGGACUAAGUCUAAGGCCCAGCUUGAUGAGCCCGAGAUGCAAGAUGAAUCGCCCUCUCGAUCUGCUGCUAAGAGCUCAAGCCUACCCGCCCCAACUGCCGCUACAACUGCCAAGCGUGUCAAGCACAAUCAAAGUGAAGAUACCUCAACUCGGAAUCAACCUCAGAAGGUCGAACCUAAGAGAUUUGAGACUCCUCGCCGGCCCGCGGGUCCUCGCCCUCGCCCGUCGGUCCGCAACUCCCUCAUGACCCCCACACGCGCUUCCCUCGCUCGGUCGGCCUCUGUCAGUGUCAAGGCGCCAAAGACAUCCUUGAUCCCAUCUUUCAAGCACUCUCCGGCUGCUAAUACAGUCGCCUCGCCACGAACUCCUCAGACAGAUUUCAAUCCUCGCCUGAAGAGCAAAUUGCCCACACUUAAUAACCUGAGAUCUAUUCUUCGUCGGCGUCAGCCACUUUUCUCCCACGACCCUGCCAAGAUUGCUUCUGGAACGCACGCUGCUGCGCCCGAUUUCAACCCUAAAUCUCUCUUUGCAGGAGCUGCUGGCGAUAUGAGUGAUUCGGCUCCAACUCCUUCGCCAAAGAAGCACGUUGAGUUCACUCCAAGCGUUAAGUCUCGUCACGAACUUGCCGUUGCAUCGCCUUCUCCAUCCAAGGCCCCUUCCGUCAAGCGUCUUUCUGUGGCCGGAGACGUGGUCUAUCCCACUCUUCCAACUCUGACUCCAGAGAAGAAUUUGGCCGUCGCAGCCUCCACUACACCUACUUCUGAACCCAAAUCCAUCCGUCGCGUUCGCAAAUCGGAUGCUGUUGGACCGCCCGGUUCGUAUCCAGAACUUCCUGUCGUGACUCAUGGCAUUGCCCAUGGAAUCAACAACAAGAAGAGAGGCCGGGAUGCAUCUGAUGAUGAUGAUGCUCCGACCGCUAGCAACACCGAGAACGUUGCUCCAUCAGAUGAGCGCAGCACCAAGAGACUAAAAGCCACUCCAAGCCCGGUUAAACAACGCCUUACUAAGACUCCUGUUCGUCCUUCUUCUGGUCGUGUGGGUACUCCCGUCACUGCCAGCGCAAAGAAGGGUCGUAGUGUCCUCAGCAUGAGUCGUCUCAAUAUGCUUUCCAAGCCAAAGGGACAUGUCUAA